AUGCGCAUGUUAGAGAAAAGUGCAACUCUUCUACGAGGACAUUUUUCGCGCCGGAUUUUCACGAUACCAACGGUUACUCUCAACCGUUUGAUCAGCGAUCACUUGCGGCGGGAAGACGACGGUUUGGUGGAAGCGCGUAGGAUUUUCAACCAGAACAAGACAUCGCUGGACAAUCCAACAUGGAACAUGAUGAUCACGGCUUAUGUUCAGCGUGGUCUCAUGACUGAAGCCCGCCAAGUGUUCGAUCAAAUGCCGGUGAGAGAUUUGGUUUCUUGGAACACCAUUCUCAUGGGUUUGAAGAAAACCAGAGAUCCAGAGACUGUCCUCAGGCUUUUCAUAGAGAUGCGGAGAUCUGGGUUGAAUCCAGAUGAGCUUACUCUCCCUGCGGUAAUCGAUACGGUGUCGGGAUCUGCGUUUAAAGUUUACGUUUUGCAAAUCCACACGCUUGCUGUUCGAUUAGGGCUUAGCUUAAGCGCUUACACUGGGUCUUCGCUGCUAAGAGGCUACACAAGUUUAAGGGAUCUCAGGGGGUUAGAGAGAGUGUUUGAGGAGAUUUCGUUAAAAGAUGUGGUCUCGUGGAAUGUGUUGAUUAUGGGUUACAUGAGAAUAGGUUUUGUGGGAGAUGGUGAGAGAGCAUUCGGUGAAAUGCCGAUGAGGAACAUCAUCACUUGUCACACGAUGUUGAUUGGGUACAUUGACAACAUGGAGAUGGAUAAAGCUAGAGACUUUUUCAACCAGAUGGGUCAAAGGAACGUUUUUUCUUGGACUGUGAUGAUCAAUGGGUACGUGAAUGGGAGAGAGUUUGAAGUAGCGUUGUUGCUUUUCAGGGAAAUGGUUGGAUCUUGGAGGCCAAGUCACUACACAUUCUCCACAGUUUUGAAAGCGUGUGCGGCUUCUUCGUCGGUUCUUGUGGGGAAGCAAGCGCACUCGAUGAUCACAAAGCGAGGGAUGGCUUGUGACGUGGUCUUGUCGACAUCGCUGGUAGAUAUGUACGCCAAGUCAGGUGAUAUCACCGCUGCUUCACUUGUGUUUGAACUGAUGCCGGUGAAGAAUCCGGCUUCUUGGAACUCGAUGAUUGGAGGCUUUGCAAGACAUGGAUUAGGAGCGGAAGCUUUAGAGGAGUUCGAGAAGAUGAUGGAGUGCGGUUACAAGCCUGAUCAGGUGACUUUUGUUAACUUGUUAUCGGCUUGUGCUCACGCAGGGCUGGUGGAAGAAGGGGAAGAGAAGUUCAUGUUGAUGGGUAGGCUUGGGAUAGCUGCAGAGAAGGAGCAUUAUGCUUGUAUGGUGGAUCUGCUAGCGAGAGCUGGGGAGUUGGAUAAAGCAGAGAGGCUGAUAAAGGGAAUGCCUUUUGAGCCUGAUGUUGUUAUUUGGGGGGCUUUGCUUGGGGCUUGCGGGUUGCAUUCGUGUUUGGAGCUCGGUGAGGUUGCUGCUCAAGGGAUCUCGAGGCUUAGGAGAGAGCAUCCUGCGGCUUAUGAUGUUCUGUGUAGAGUUCAUGGCGAGAAAGGAGAUUGGGCUAGUGUUAUGGAGUUGAGGAGGUUGAUGAAGAUCACCAAAGUGAGGAAGCAAGACGCUAGUAGCUGGAUUGAAGCUCUGGGUUAA